UACCCGCUGUGACGGUAGUGUCGCCUGCUAUAAUAAAAAAAAAUAAUUAGGCAAAAAAAAACACAUUCUAAAACCAAAAAAACAUAGCGUUCCAAACCGAAAUCGAUUUAAAAAAUCGAACACAAUUCAAAAACGCACCGGAAAGGAGAUUCGUCAAACACCGUCGAUUUGAAAUUCGAAACACAAAAUCUCAAAACGUCAAAUCGAAAUACCGAAUCGAUUCGAAAUUCAAAACAAAUCAUCAUUCAACGGGCAAAUCAAAUAAUCGAAAUUUUAACACCGAACAACAUUAACAGUUCAAGUAAAAAUGCAUAUGUAAGUCUGGCGGGGCGCAAAAUGCUUACAAUGUCGACACUUAUGAUGCCCGCGGCUACCAUGACGACCAUGACGAACGCUGGCCCCAUUCCGGUAGCAGCAGCGACCAAGCUGGAGCCGAAGUUACUCCAGCUACCACAUCCAGCGCUGAUGCAGCAGUUACCACAACAACCACACCAGCAUCAAGUGCAGCACAACAAUAAUAAGCUGGAACACUACCACAUCUUCGUCGGGGACCUGAGUCCAGAGAUCGAGACGCAGAGCCUGAGGGACGCCUUCGCACCAUUCGGGGAGAUAUCGGAUUGUCGCGUGGUGAGAGACCCGCAGACUUUGAAAUCGAAAGGCUACGGAUUCGUCUCCUUCCUGAAGAAAUCUGAGGCGGAAUCGGCUAUCACGUCGAUGAACGGGCAGUGGCUUGGCUCCAGGUCGAUCCGCACCAACUGGGCAACCAGGAAACCGCCAGCGCCCAAGAACGAGCUGAACUCCAAACCGCUCACAUUCGAUGAGGUGUACAACCAGAGCUCGCCGACCAACUGCACGGUGUACUGCGGAGGUCUCACCACCGGCCUCACUGAAGAGCUGAUGCAGAAGACGUUCCAGCCGUUCGGCACCAUCCAGGAGAUACGGGUGUUCAAAGAUAAGGGAUAUGCUUUUAUCAGAUUUUCAACAAAGGAGAGCGCUACCCACGCCAUCGUUGCAGUCCAUAACACCGACGUGAACGGACAGCCCGUCAAAUGCUCCUGGGGUAAAGAGUCAGGAGAUCCCAACAACGCCCAGGCUCAGGGACAGCUCGGAGGCACCGCGUACAGUCCAUUCGGUGCCGCGUACACCGCUGGUGGGGUACCCCCCACUUCCUAUUGGUACAACACCUACCCGCAGCAGAUCGGCGGGUUCCUGCAAGGCGUGCAGGGCGUCCAGGGGUACACGUACGCUGGACAGUUCGCGGGGUAUCAACAGCAAUAUAUGGGCAUGGGCGGCGUCCAGAUCCCAUGGGCCUUGAGCGGCGGCGUUGGCGGAGUGGGGGGUGUAGGGGGGGUCGCUGCUAUGUCCCAGCCACCUCAGGUGCUGCACUAUCCUGUGCAGCAUUUUCAGGUGCAACCUAUCGGGGAGGACGAGUGGCUCGCUCCGAGUCUCCUAGUGUGAGGCCAGAGGCCCGCCCCUGAGCCCGCCUGCAGCUGCGCGCACAAAGAAUGGAUAUAACUCUAAAAAUUCCACCAAAUUCUAUUUCCAAACG